GAUAAAAAUAAAAUUUUAUUUAGAGUUUUAAACAGCUACGUAAUUUUUGAGUAAAUAAAACGUUGGAAACACUCCAAAGUUAAUUUACCACAGACGAGUGAUGCUUACGUAUGAAUCAGUCUGGAAAUUAUUACUGAAUUGUUAAUUGAAAUAAAUUAACAUGUAAGACACGCAUUAGUUACUUACAAUUACACGAAAAUGAACGAGAACAAUCCCAGGAGAAUUUUCAUUUCUAAAUGGCCUCAACUAGUAGCAGUAAUAACAGGUACACUUGGAACAAUUAGCGAUGGUAUGCAUUAUGGCUGGACAGCACCGAUGAUACCGAAACUCCUCCAACCGGAUAGUCCGAUUUCAAUAACACAAUCAGAUCAACUAUGGAUAGAAAAUAUUCUAAUGAUUGGUGCAUUAGUUGGUCUCAUAUUGACAAUAAUAUAUUCUCAAGUGUUGGGUAGAAGACCUAUUAUCAUUUUGGCCGCAGUAAAACAAUUUGUGGCAUGGUCACUUAUAGCAACCACAUCUAGGGUGGAAGUCCUUUAUUUUGCUCGGUUUUUAGCAGGAGUUGCUGGUAACAUACCGUUUGUUACUAUCCCAAUGUAUAUAGCAGAAAUCGCAGAGGAAUCCGUUAGAGGCUUUUUAGAAACAUUUAUAUACACCAAUAUGAUGGUUGGAGUAGUGAUUAUAUACUGCAUUGCCCCAUUUACGUCAGUUUCUGUUUCCUCUUGCGUGGGAGCUACUUGUGCCACAAUCCAAAUAAUAUCGUUCAGUUUCAUGCCCGAAUCUCCAUACUAUUUACUCAUUAAAGACAAUUACAGUGAUGCCCUAAAAUCGUUACAAACGUUCCGCGGAAAGGCGGACGUGUAUGUAGAAUUAAAUGAAAUUCGGAAAGCUGUAAGAAGGCAGGAAUCGGAAGAGGGAAGAAUAAUCGAUUUGUUUUUGAUAAAAAGCAAUCGAAAGGCUUUUCUAAUAAACUGUGUACUGAACUUUUCCCAACACUUCGCAGGAAUCAGUGUGCUGCUCAUGAAUUUGCACACAAUUUUAGAAGAUGCUCAUUCCAUUAUCAGACCAUCUGCAGCUUCUAUUAUAAUUGUAACUGUGAUGUUAGCCGCUUGUAUAUCAUCAUCGUUUGUCAUAGAUAAGCUCGGACGUAAAAAAUUACUUGUAAGUUCCAGUAUGGCAUCAGGUAUAGCAUUAUUUCUAUUAGCUACAUAUUUUGCUCUUAAAAAGAACGGAUACAACCUUUCCCAUUACGAGUGGGUUCCAUUAGUAGCGGUUUUAUUGUAUUCUUGGUGUUUCAAAUUCGGACUUGGCAUGGUCCCAAUUGUCUUGUCAGGAGAAUUAUUUCCUACCAAAAUGAAAGCUGUUGGUACAACGUUCGGUGUAGUAAUAAGUUGCAUUUUUUGUAUGCUAUCCGUCUUUUUGUAUGUGUCAUUUAUAGAUUUCUACGGAAUGCAUGUGCCAUUCUUUGUUUUCUCCGGAUGCUGUGCAAUCACUGCUUUAUUUGCAAUUGUUUACAUACCAGAAACAAAAGGCAAAACCUUAGAAGAAAUCCAAAUGAUUUUGAAAUCGUAAAGAAGAAUGUCGAACCUAUUUAUUUUAAUUUAUUUUAUUUAUUAUGCAAUUUAAUUCGAUCUGAAGAAACUAGUAAAUAACGAAAAUUAAGGAAUACAGUUACAUAAGCAUAUGCGUUCCACAAGUUAAUGAUCAGGGGUACCAUUGGUCUGCAAUACAAUCCAAAAAUGGAUAUACUCAGCCAUUAUUUUUUUAGAUAAAUAUAUACAUAUGUAUAUGCUGUCAUUGUAUACCCAUAAAUAAAUAGAAUCCAUUAUAUUCUAAGCGAGAUUCCAAUGUUCAAUUUGCUGUUUUUUGUAGCUAAAUGAGAUUUUUACAUUAAAAAGUCCGAAAAACCA